AUUCCUUUAUUGCAUCCAUAAAACCCGGACGAUCUAGAUAACUUUUUUUUCAUUUAUACACAGGUAUUAUGCUUUUGUUUCCAAGGCUAUGGCUCAAUCCAGUGUUAAAUUAGCCAUCGGUGGUUGCAUAAUCAUCGGACUGGUGGCUAUACUUCUUGUGAUCGAGGAUGAACCAAUUGAGGAAAUUGAUGAAGUUGAGGAUACAUUGAGAUUCGUCCAAGUGCUUUUCAGACAUGGAGAUAGGACACCUGAUGAGAAGGAUCUCUAUCCGAAAGAUCCUUACUACAAUUACACGUACUAUCCUUACGGCCUAGGACAACUAACUAAUGAAGGCAAAUUGAAGGAAUUCAACAUGGGUAAAGAGUUGCACUCAAGGUACAAGAGCUUCUUAGGUCCUGUUUAUUAUCCGCAACUUUUAACUGCCAUUAGCUCAGAUUACUCCCGAACCAAAAUGUCCUUACAAUUAGUCCUAGCAGGAUUAUUUCCACCUACAUCUGAAUACGCUUGGCACGACACGUUGUCCUGGCAACCAAUUCCUUACGAGUACACCAAAUACCGCGAUGACUACCUCUUUUUUGCAGGACUAUUUUGUCCCAACAUGUACAAAGAGUAUUUGAAAGUGUUAAAACUCGGAGAAGUUCAAGCUGUAAUAAAAAACGUCUCCGACGUGAUUGAUUACAUGUUGGAAACGACUGGUCUCGAUUUACAUACAGAUUUAUCAAAAGUUUGGCCUUUAUAUUUGAAUUUUGAGACGCAAGUCGAAUUAGGUUUAGAAAUACCUGAAUUUGCACAGAAAUUCUAUCCACAACCAUUGAAAGAUAUGGCUAUUUACCAGUACUAUUUAGUUACUUAUAACAAAGAAAUGAAGAGACUUGUGUCAGGAAAUUUACUUAAACGUAUGAUGCAUGAAGCUUCUUUGGUCAGGAAUACUCCGGAUUCUCAACACAAGAUAGUCCUAUAUUCUGGACAUGAAAUGCAUUUGGGUGGAAUCUUGAGGAUCUUGGAUUUGUAUUAUCCACAUGUGCCACCGUACGGCGCCUAUUUUGCAUUGGAAAUGCAUGAGAUCGAUAACCAAUUUGGAUUUAAAAUUUACUAUCAUGAUUAUAGCGAGAAGAAAGCAAAGCUAUUGAAGCAUCCGGGCUGCGAGGAAUUUUGCACUUACGACGAGUUCGUUAAUCUGGUUCAAGAUUUCUACUAUGACCCCGAAUACUGCGUGCGUAACAAAAAGAAAGUUCUUAUCACAGCGCUCAGUUAUAUGAAUUAUACGUCGGGAAUAGUCUCCAGUUGGAGUGCACUAUCCGCGCAGAUAAUGGACAUGAAGCUGGUGUUGAUACUGCUGUGCUGCUCUGUGGUUUGGUGUUCGAAGCUCGAGUUGGUUCAAGUGUUUUUCAGGCACGGCAGUAGAACUCCGGAGAAGAAAGAUGUGUAUCCGACGGAUCCGUACACCCUUGAUGAUUUUAUGCCGAUGGGUUGGGGACAGCUGACAAAUACUGGGAAGCAGCGAGCGUAUCAAUUGGGGAAACUGUUGAGGAAGCGAUACGACUCGUUCUUGGGGGACAUUUACACGCCGGAUAUAGCAGUGACGACUUCCACCGACUACGACAGGACAAAAAUGUCUGCUCUCUUGGUAUUGGCAGGGCUAUUUCCUCCAGCACCAUCGCAGAGAUGGAACGAGGAGCUCAACUGGAACCCAAUUCCUUAUCACAUGGAUAAAACUGAUUACGAUUAUUUCAUAAGACGACCGACUGGUUAUUGUCCCCAGUACGUCACCGAGCUAGAUAAGGUCCUUGGCUCCGAGGUUGUCAAGAAGAUGCUCGAUGGUCAUCGGAAGACGUUAGAUUACAUGGCCAAGCACACCGGGAAACCGAUGGACACUUUAAUGGACGCGUUCCGCCUCUACCAAACGCUCAACGCCGAAGCCAACUUGAAUAUGACUCUACCGAAAUGGACGGAGUCAAUAUACCCGCAACCCUUGGAGCUAAUGGCUGCUCAGCAGUGCUUCUGGGAGAAUUACUCAGACACUCUGAAGCGAUUAAAUGGAGGUCGGAUAUUAGGGAAAGUCAUUGAGAACAUGAUGGCUAAGGCGGGAAAUCUCACCCCUGGGAGGAAAAUCUAUCUCUACUCAGGCCACGAGAACAACGUGAUUAAUAUACUGGCCAGUCUGAAGCUCUUCGAUGCGCACGUGCCCAAAUACAGUGCCGCCGUCAUCUUGGAGCUGCACCGUUUGCAGAGCGACGAACACGCCGUUAAAGUAUUCUACGCGAGGGAUGUCUUCGAUGAGCCCACUGCCAUGCCGCUUGGAACUUGCGAAGAUAACCUCUGUCCCUUCGAUAAGUUCCUCGAUUACACAAGGCCAUAUGUGCCUGUUAACUACACCGCCGAGUGCCGGUCCGGUAUAAAUUUGGGCUAAAUUAAUAUUAACUACCUCGACAAUAUUCCUCUCCACACGGACUUUAUGUUAAUACCUCCAACACGAACACACUUAUUUAUUACGGCCAUAGUAUUCCAAUUUGGCACAAUUGCAACUAUUGUCCUCUUAUUUCCACGUCGCAUAGUAUUAACUCGCAUCGCCUAAUCUCAUUUUAUUCCUUCCGUUCCCAUUACCCAAUCCCAGCGCAUUCCGCUUCUCAGCGAUUAAAUAAAACAUGCAUACAAUUUUUAUUGUAUUUAAACUAUUUGACUUUUAAAUGAACUCAUAGUCAUUGUUUAUAAUUCCAUAUUCAUAUAAACACAAACUAAAAUGGUGUAAAUAAUACACAUAUUUUUAAUUAUUUUCGUUACAACUUUCUGUCAGAAAUAAGAUCCUGUCAACUGUCAUCCUUUGUAUGUUUCUCAUUAAAUAAGAGAUUUGUCGUCAUAUCAUACAAUGUAUGUUAUACAUAUUUAAAAUAACCCAAGAGCUCAAUCAACAAGAAGAUGCAGACAUAAUUCUGGUAAAAUCAUAUGAAAUCUAAAUUUACAUAAUUUUUGAGUAAAUAAUUUCUAUGUCUCGAAUAAAUCAUUAUUAAAAUUACGUGAUGAAAAUAUGUGUGAAAUUGUACUUUGUAUCAUUUAUAUAACUACUAUUAUAUCAGUUUCAGCAUCAUCCAUCAUCAAGAAAUUGUAGUUGACAUAUAUAUGAUCCCACGUCUAAUACAGAAACAGCACACGCAAAGUAUUAUUAAAAUUGCAUACGCAUAUAUAGGGUUUCCCC